CAACUCCCAAACACACCCCCACACGCGCAUCAUCCUGCCAACCACCAAAUCAUGAAACGACAGGAUAACCUAACAUCAGUCAACCUGCCACCGACGCCAUGCCCACCGAGUCCGACGACGAUGAAUACUGCACCGUCCGCAUUCCUCGCAAAUAUCUUGAUCGUCUCCCCGCUGAUGUUCGUUCAACCGCGAAACCCCUCAAACGCACCGACAACGCCGGGCCCGGCGCUGGCCCCGUUCCCCCGAAGGAUGAACCGCCGGAGGCGCUGCUAAAGAGGCUCAUCUACAGUCUCGACCGGCAAAUCGUCAGCGAACUUUGGAAGGAAUGGGGUCAGCAGCCACCCAACCUAGAUUCGAUCUAGGCGCAGGCUGAGAAGGCGCGCAAAGAGGAGGAGGCGCGCAAGGAGGAGGCGCAAAAAGUCGAAGCCCUCAUGCGUGAAACCGCUGAGCUGCGGGCCAAGUUCCAUCAGUUGCUUGCCGAAAACAAGGAACUUAAACAACAACAACAAUUCACAGUCAGCACUUACCAAAAAUCUGCGCCUUUGCGCCGCUCCACGCGAACCAAUCCCUUGGCCAACGAGCCUCAACCCUUCGGCACUAACCCCGACGCCUUGCUGCCAGUGUCAUCUACGGCCAAGGACACAAACUCUGGCCGCAGUUUUCGCACUGCCGAUACAGAUCCUCUCCCCUUGCCACUGCAGCCCGCAAGUGCAGAGACAGCGUCAUCAGCGGCGACGGGCAACGAUCCUACUGCGCAAGCUGACAGCGUCAACAACCACCCGUCUUCACCCUCAACCACCUUGUUGGCAAACGGUGCCAACGGAACGACGAGUGCGGUACAACCUAACGCACUUCCAACAAAGCCAGCCUAUCCGUCCGCCGUCGGAAAGCAACGCCGCCCGCUCCCUAACCACCGCCCGCCGACUAUACACGCUGAAAAACUGGGGCAGAACCUAGUCAGCACCAUUGAGGAGUUUUCCAAAGAUUGCGAAGGUUACUUCAGCGGUCUGCUCCACGUUAGUGAUAUUGAGCGUCUCAAUACCGACGAAGUGAGAAAAUGCGAGCUCGAAAAGGAUCACGACCUCCUGGCAACACGAAACGAGUUCAGUCCUGGCGACGAUGGCGCCUGCCGGGUUUAUGUGGAUAAUAAGGAGUUUGAGUGGUUUGAUCUUUCCGACGGGAACCGGGAGCGUCCUUCGUCAGAGGAUGCCGAGGCGUUCGCCAAUUAAUUUGUCGACGAGACGCAAGCUGCUUGGUCUGCAGGACGUGGACGCAGAAGGCACACGAGGAUGCGCGGGCAUCUUCGCCAAUAUUAUG